GGAAGUGUCGCAGGGCGCGCGCCGGCAGCAUGGCGGCCGCCCGCUGCUUGCGGCUGUGCGGGCGCUGGCGGCCGGUGCUGCUGGGGCCCCCGCGGCGCCGCUUCUUGGCGGCCGCUUCCUCCGCGCUGCCCCCGGCCCCCCCGGGCCCCGCGCCGUCCGUCCGAGUCGCCUUCAGCACGGGCCCGCCGUGGCAGCAGCGGAGCGCCGGGGGCCUGGCGGGGGGCGACGCGCUGGAGGGCGGCGGCGGCGGCGAGGACGGGAGCGGCGGCAGUGGGGAGGAGGGCGGCGGGGCCGGGCCCGUCAUGACGGCGCUGACGCCGCUGCUCGUCCCAGAGCAUUUCCCCAACGUGCCGCUCAUCGCCGUGACCCGCAACCCCGUGUUCCCGCGAUUCAUCAAGAUCAUCGAGGUGAAAAAUAAGAAGCUGGUUGAGCUGCUGAGGAGGAAAGUUCGUCUUGCCCAGCCCUAUGCUGGUGUUUUUCUGAAAAAGGAUGACAACAAUGAAUCGGACGUGGUAGAGGAUCUGAACGAAAUCUACCAAAUAGGAACUUUUGUGCAGAUUCACGAAAUGCAGGACCUUGGAGACAAGUUGCGCAUGAUCGUCAUGGGACACCGAAGGAUCCGUAUAAACAAGCAGCUGGAAGUUGAGCCUGAGGAGCCCGAGAACAAGCAGAAGGUUCGAAGGAAACAGAAACGCUCCAAGAAAGAGGCUGAGGAGGAGCCUGGAGCAAAGGACCAAGCUGUGGAAGUGGUGCUGGAUCCUGUCGCCGCGGCCGCGCAGGAGGUUCUCAUGGUGGAAGUCGAGAACGUGGUUCAUGAAGAUUUUCAGAUCACAGAAGAGGUUAAAGCUCUUACUGCAGAAAUUGUCAAAACAAUCCGGGACAUCAUUGCCUUGAACCCCUUGUACAGAGAGUCUGUGCUCCAGAUGAUGCAGGCUGGCCAGCGCGUGGUCGAUAACCCCAUCUACCUGAGCGACAUGGGGGCAGCGCUGACAGGGGCAGAGUCACAAGAGCUUCAAGACAUCUUGGAAGAAACCAGUAUUCCCAAACGGCUUUACAAAGCCCUUUCCCUCCUAAAGAAGGAAUAUGAGCUGAGCAAACUUCAGCAGCGCCUUGGAAGGGAGGUUGAGGAGAAGAUCAAGCAAACACACCGCAAAUAUCUUCUCCAAGAGCAACUGAAGAUCAUAAAGAAAGAGUUAGGACUGGAAAAAGAAGACAAGGAUGCUAUAGAAGAGAAAUUCCGGGAGCGACUGAAGGAGCUGGUAGUGCCGAAACACGUCAUGGAUGUGAUUGACGAGGAGCUGAACAAGUUGAGCUUGCUGGACAAUCACUCCUCAGAGUUCAAUGUUACACGGAACUACUUGGACUGGCUGACGUCCAUCCCGUGGGGCAAGUGCAGCGAGGAGAACCUGGAGCUGACCAGAGCCCGAGCAGUUCUGGAGGAGGAUCAUUAUGGGAUGGAUGACGUCAAGAAGCGAAUUCUGGAGUUCAUCGCGGUCAGCCAGCUGCGGGGAUCCACCCAGGGCAAGAUCCUGUGUUUCUAUGGCCCCCCCGGGGUUGGCAAAACCAGCAUUGCCCGCUCCAUCGCCAGAGCCUUAAACAGAGAGUAUUUCCGCUUCAGCGUCGGAGGGAUGACCGACGUAGCAGAAAUAAAAGGACACAGGAGGACGUAUGUCGGAGCAAUGCCAGGAAAGAUCAUCCAGUGCCUGAAGAAAACCAAGACAGAGAAUCCACUUAUUCUGAUCGAUGAGGUGGAUAAAAUAGGAAGAGGAUAUCAAGGGGAUCCAUCCUCAGCCCUUCUGGAGCUGUUGGACCCAGAGCAGAACUCCAACUUCUUGGAUCAUUACCUCGAUGUUCCUGUGGAUUUAUCAAAGGUACUAUUUAUUUGUACUGCCAACGUAACAGAAACCAUUCCAGAGCCGCUGCGGGACAGAAUGGAGGUGAUCAAUGUGUCGGGAUAUGUAGCAGAAGAGAAACUGGCCAUUGCAGAGAGGUACUUGGUCCCUCAAGCACGAGUUCUGUGUGGUUUGGAUGAAAACAAGGCCAGAAUCACCUCGGAUGUCCUGAGGGUUCUGAUCAAGCAGUACUGCCGGGAGAGCGGCGUGAGGAACCUGCAGAAGCAGGUGGAGAAGGUGCUGAGGAAAUCCGCUUAUAAAAUCGUGAGUGGAGAAGCAGAGAUGGUGCAGGUGACGCCUGAAAACCUGCAGGACUUUGUGGGGAAGCCCAUCUUCACCGUGGAUCGCAUGUACGAAACCACCCCCCCGGGAGUGGUGAUGGGUCUGGCCUGGACAGCCAUGGGAGGUUCCACCCUGUUUGUUGAAACCUCCCUGAGGCGACCCAAAGACAAGGAGAGCAAAGACGGGUCCCUGGAGGUGACCGGGCAGCUGGGAGACGUCAUGAAGGAGAGCGCCAGGAUAGCCUACACGUUCGCAAGAGCCUUUCUGAUGCACAAGGACCCCAGCAACGACUUCCUGGUGUCUUCCCACAUCCACUUGCAUGUGCCAGAGGGAGCGACACCCAAGGACGGACCAAGCGCGGGCUGUACCAUCGUAACCGCUCUGCUGUCGCUGGCCAUGAACUGCCCGGUGAGGCAGAACGUGGCCAUGACUGGAGAGGUGUCGUUAACUGGAAAAAUCCUUCCCGUGGGUGGAAUCAAGGAGAAGACCAUUGCGGCGAAGAGGGCGGGCGUCACCUGCAUCAUCCUGCCAUCAGAGAACAAGAAGGAUUACUACGACCUCGCUGGGUUCAUUACAGAAGGACUAGAAGUGCAUUUUGUUGAGCACUACAAAGAGGUGUUUGAAAUAGCGUUUCCAACGCUGGAUUCCGCAGGGGGGUGACGGUCAACAACCCGAAGGCUGGAAGCCAGUCUGUCCCUUAGCGGGGUGACUUGGGGACAACCCUGAAGCGGGACGUGGAGCUCUUGCUGCUGCGCAGCUGCUGAAAUGAACUAUGGCUUUGGUAGAAUAAAGUAUCUCUCACUGUUUAAUAUUGAA